GCCAGAUGUUUAAAAACACGGACCUUCCCACACAGAACUGUCCUUUUCUCAUAAGUCUCUCUGUAUUAGUCUCAGUCGUAGUCUCUAUCUUUGGUGGCUCAUGAUUGACUGCUCUCUGAUCUGCAGUGCUUGGGGGUCUGAUUCAACAUACUGGUAUUGUUCCAAGUGGGCUGCUGAUGCUGUUGAAGGCCAUCACAAUUGGAACCAUGAGCUUCAAAUGUGGAAUCCUAUCACUGAUUGUCCUGCUGAACAGUCCAGUUUCAGGUGCUUUGGGUGAGACUCUGAGAGUGACCUGCAGUCCUCAGACUCUCUGCGCUCUACGAGAAUCAACAGUGACCCUGGAGUGCUCUCACUCCAACACCACCAUCAGACCUCAGCACAGCUUCUGGUUCAGCCCCAAACAACAAGCUAAAUGGAGGAACGAGGAAGAUCCAGAGGAUUUAGCUUUAGACUCAGACUACGCAGGACGAGUGAGAUACAAAAACAACAGAUACAGAUACAGCUCCAUCUUAACUCUUACAAUAUCAGAGCUGAGAGAGAGAGACUCAGGAGAAUAUCACCUCAUGAUCGUUACAGAAACAGGACAGAAAUAUUCCAGCUCAACAGCAGUUACUCUAAAAGUUUCAGACCUACAGAUGAUGAUGACCUCUUACAAUGAACCGCAGACAGAACGGACACUGCUCUGUAGCACUUCAUGCAGUUUGAGCUCUCAACCUGCUCGUUACAGCUGGUACAAUAAUGGGAAGCGAGUGGCCUGGACUAAUGAACCUCAGAGGGUUUUCAGUUUAUAUAGAUAUCCUGGCCCUGGCAGCUACUCCUGCUCCAUUGAAGGCCAUGAUCAAAUCCGAUCCAAUGCACUGUGUGUAUUUGGUAAGAACUGCUGGAAUGUGACCUACUCAGACCGAAGACUCUGUGCUUUGGAGGGUUCAUCAGUGGACUUUCCCUGCACUUACUCAUAUCCCAGAGAUCAGACAGUUACUAAAACAUUCUGGUAUUACUAUUGGCCUCAAAAUGGCGUGACUGUGGAUGAGCACUUCGCUGGACGAGUAGAUUUUCUUAGAGAUGAAGAGAGAAACUGCACUCUGAGAAUAAGAAAUGUUAGAAAGAGUGACUCUCGAAAAUAUCACUUUCAGUUCAUCACUGACCCUGCAGAAAAAUUCACUGGUAAACCUGGAGUUAUUCUGAAUGUUACAGAUCUUCAGGUGAAAGUGAGCCCCACCAUUCCAUCAGAAGGACAGACAGUAACGCUGACCUGUAUUUCCACCUGCACUCUGCCCAACAACCCCACUUACAUCUGGUACAAGAACAGACACCCUGUAACUAACAAACCCACCAAAUACAACAAGCUCUACCUGGAGUCAGCAAGCACUGAGGAUGUUCUCCAGUAUUCCUGUGCUAUAGGAGCUCUUGAGGGUCCUGUCAGUCCUGAAGCUCCCAAAGGUUCUGAAGCUCCAGAAGAUGCAAAGGAGAACUCAGUGUUAAAAUUCAUCACAGUGGCAUCAAUCUUUCUGGCUUUAAUCUUCACCACAGGAUUGAUGUGGAGGUGGAAUAUGAUCAGAAGGAAAGGAGGAGCAGAAAGCGAAGCACGUGUUCAGCAUCUCAGAGACUCUCCCAGGGACCCCGACACAGCUCUAAGUCCCACCACCUUGUCCUCAGAUUACGACAAUCUGACACAUGUUAGAAGCUCUUCCGUUGAGAUGUACUCAUCCCUGAAUCCUACAAUGAUGGUGUCAGAUUAUGACUUUCUGACAGUAAGUCUGCACUCUGUGUUUUUGAGGGUUCUCCUCGUUGUUGUAUUUGGUUUUGUAAGUUUUUCUAAUGUUCUUCUAUUUUCCAGAAUGUUAUUGGCUCUCCUAAUAACACAAUGCUGUGAAACCUGUAUUGUGGUUAUGAGACUCUGAGGGUCUCUCGCUGAAGAUCCUGCAUCACCCUGCAUCACAUAAGGCCAUAUAAAUCAUUGCAUCAUCCAUUCUGUUCAUUAACUGUUCCUCUUUCUUGAUAAAUGUGCAUGUUAAUCUAUACAAUGAAUAGCUCAAUAGAGAUGCAGAUAAGUAGAGCAGCUAAAAUGAAACUUCCCAUGCUCCACAGACAAAUGUGGGUUUUUAUGCUUGUUGUGAGUUUGGGGGAGCUUUACAGUGACAACAUAGAAUAAAGUUUAGAGUCAUAAUGUUCCCAGUUUAAAAUGCAACCAAGCUGGACUGUGCUAACCAAAAGUAGGCAGGUGUCUUAAAUUUUCUUCGUUAAAAAACUGAAUUCCAAGUCAAAUGAAUAAUUGGAUCUGAGUCUGUUCUACAGUUUCUCAUUAGGCUGAAUGAAUAACUGUCUCUAAAUGUGUCACGAUUGGUUCCUCAAACUCCCCCAUGUGCUCAUGUUGUGUUUACUUCCUGGUAGUUCAUGUGCUUCUUUGUUUUGGUUUUCACAAUCCUGCCCCCUUGUUUUCUGACUCCACCCCUGAUUAUUACCACCUGUAUUUUCCACCUGCGUCCUGUUAUCCUUGUAUUUAAACACUGUGUUUUCCCCUGUGUGUUUGCUGGUCUUUGUUUGAUGUAUAUUUGCUGGAUGUUUUGUUUGUUUGAUGUUUGACUUUCUAGUCUUUGAUUGUAUCCUGUGUUCUGUUUGUCAUGUCUGUCCCACGAUCUCCCCGUGUUGGCUGCAUGAACCUGGACUGUUAUGACUAAGACCCUGGAUUUGCCCGAAAUAAAACUCGCUUAUCUCCACAUAUGUGUCCGCCUCAUCACUCCACGUUACUUAAAGACCAACCACCAAUGGACACAGCAAGUAAGCGACAUACUGGUCUGCAGCUGUUCCAUUGGGAUGAAACUCCCAGUGGAAAAAGUUACCCCCGUCCCAAUGCUGCCAAGCCAGUGAGAGCAAAUCCCCUGGCGCUAAGGGGACAAGAGCAUCUCGUCAUUCCUGUAGGAAGGCAAAGGAUCAUCCCGCCUUUGAUUUGUAUGAGACCUCAUGUAAGCACCUUGGGUCCACCUGUCUUGAGCAACGCUGCAGGGAGGAGUGACCUGCAGCGCAAGUCGAGGUGAGACGAAAGGAGCAUACAGAUAACACUUACUAUGGUACUUGACGCAUUUUCAAGCGCCUCUGCAAGCUUCCCAAAGCUUGAGUGAGCCCUGGGAGUGGCCCAAGAGGGUCCUGUUUCUGUGUGUUCCUCCAGGUUGGAACAGUUGUCCCCAGCCAGAGUUCCUGAUCCCGUCGCUGCACCCCACGGCAAGCGUAAUGCCAUGGAUGCUGCACCUCCAGAUCUGCCGGCCAUCGCCGUGCCUCCGGACCCGCCACCUGUCGCUGAGGACGUCGCUGCAGGCCUGCCUGCCUCAAUGGACGUCGCUGCAGGCCCGCCUGCCUCGGUGGAUGUCGAUACAGGCCCGCUUGGUUCCAUGGACGUCGCUGCGGGCUCACCUGCUUCUGUUGACGUUGUUGCAGGCUCGCCUGCCUCCAUGGACAUUGCAGUUCCUUUGUUCCCACCCAUCCCGCCCUUGCCUGUGUCUGCUCCCCAUAGGCCUCCUGUUUCUCCUGUGUCUGCUGUUCCCUGAGGGCCAUCUGUUCCUGCUUUGUCUGCUGUUCCCUAUGGGCCUCCUGUUUUUGUCCCUUCGUUUUUGCUCUCCUCUGUUCCUGGUGUGGUUUUGUUCCCUUCUGUUAUGUCUGUGCCUGUUCCCGUUCCUGUUGUGGUCUCUGUUCUUGUCUCUCCUUUUGUUUCAGUCCCGGUUUCUGUCUGUGUGUCAGUUUCUGUUCCUGUGUCUGUUUUGGUCCCUGUUCCCCUGUCAGUUGCGUCGUCUGUUUUACGUUCUUGUUGCCCUCGUCCUGUGGUGCCUCCAGUCAUCUCUCAUUUGGCAUCGUUUUUUGUGUUGUGCCUCCUCGUCCUCCCUCCCGGCCCAUGUUUCAUCCUCCGUCUGUUCAUGUUUCAUCUGUUCCUGUGUCUGGUGCUGUCUCAUCUGUUUCCUAUAUUGUUCCUGUUUCUGUGCCUUUGGCUUCUGCUCCUGCUCCUGUUCGUGUUCCUGUGCCUGUUCCUGCUUCUUUUUCUGUGCCUUCUGGUCCUGUUCCGUGGCCUGUGUCGUGUCCUGUGUCUGCUCCUGUGCUUGAUCAUCCUGUUCCAAGCCCUGUCCUUGUUUAGUUCUGUCUAAUUUUGGUCCUUUGUGUCUGUUUGGUUUUGUUUUGCUUGGCAUGCUUCAGGGCCGCACGCCUUGGUGGGGGGAACUGUCACAAUUGCUGUGUUUGUGUUGUGUUUACUUCCCGGUAGUUCAUGUUUGAUGUAUGUUUGCUGGAUGUUUGUUUGAUGUUUGACUUUCUAGUCUUUGAUUGUAUCCUGUGUUCUGUUCAUCAUGUCUGUCCCGCCAUCUCUCCAUAUUGGCUGUAUGAACCUGGACUGUUAUGACUACGACCCUGGAUUUGUCCAAAAGAAAACUUGCUUAUCUCCGCAUAUGUUUCCGCCUUACCGCUCCAUGUUACAAAAUGUGGGUAUUGUGAUAUAA